CACAUGGAUGGAAACUCUGGCCCAUUUGUCAGCCACCAAAGUACCCAGCAUGACUCAGGUUUACUGUAAACCUCAGAUGGAGAGCACCCAGGGAAGAGCCGCCGAUGGGAGUCAACCUCAGAGGGAGAGCGACCAGGGAGGAGCCGCCGAUGGGAGAAAUGGAGCUUAAUGAAUGAUGAGAGACAGAGGAGGAGGUGUGUGCAGGUGUUCUCAUGGGAGGAGAUGGCAUGGGAGGGUGGGGUUUUCUUUUUUGCAUUAGAUAGCCUACGUCCUCUGGCUGCCCCGUGGUUAGUCCAGGGUAAAUGUUUGCGGAGAGAGAGAGAUAAAAAAAAAUAGGUUCUUAUGACAGAAGCUUUUAUUCUUACAUUUGGCAAGGCAGGGCAUCCAUUUCCAGUAUUGAAAAAGCACAGGACACUUUUUCCGAUUGGUCACCUGAAGAUGGAAUAUAUCGUGGCCUUUGUGCUAUUCUUACAAUUAAGCUUCAGUCCAGCUCUCGCUGCUGAAGUGGUAACUCCUGAAGACUCUCCUGCCGCCGUAGUUGUCGGAAAAGAUGUGAUCCUGAAGCCCAAUCCUACUAUGACAAUACAAGCCGGAUCCUGGAGUUUUAACUCUGAUAAUAUAGUUUUUUGGUAUCCUGGGCAGGCUAUCAUCAAUAAACUGUACAACCAUAGUGUGUACUUCAAUGAAAGUGAUGCUUCCCUGACUCUAAGAUCUGUCCAAGUUAACGAGUCUGGUGAUUAUGUCUUAAAUGGAGCCUUGCCCCCAUAUCAAGUGAAACUGACUUUAUCAGUUGAAGAGCCAAUCUCAAAUGUGACCAUGACGGUGUCUGCCCUCGAUUUGAUCGAGUUUAACAACUCUGUCACGCUCAACUGCUCCGCCUCUGGAACCCCACUCCAGUUCCACUGGAUCAACGCCACGUCCGUCGUGACAGCCAGCGAACGGGUGCAGUUCAGCAGCAACAAGAACCUCCUCACCAUCAAAGAAGUGACUAGAUUUGACACAGGUCCAUUCCUCUGUAAUGUGUCCAACAGCAUAAGCUAUGGAGAGAGCCGGUCAGUCGACUUCAACAUCAGCUACGGACCUAGCGACCCCAUGAUGACAGUGACCCCAGACAAGAUGGCGUAUAUCUCUGGGUCCCAUGUUAACCUCUCUUGCUCUGCUGACUCCAAACCAGCGGCUUCAUACAUGUGGCUGUUUAAGGGUGCGGCACUGAACAUGUAUGGCCAGCACCUCAAACUGACCAACUUACAGAUGAAUGACACGGGCGAGUACACGUGCCUGGCCCACAACAGUGUGACCUCUAGAUUUGCAAAAUCUUCUAGAACACUCCGUAUUGUUGAUCCAAUAUCCAAAGUUGUGAUGGUAAAUAAAGUUGACGGACCCCCGAUACUGGCCAUGACGUUCACACUGAGCUGUGACGUGACCGGACCCGUGGACUCCACUCACUGGAUGAGGAACGGCACCUACCUGCAGUCAAACGACAGGACCUCCUUCUAUAACAGAAAUAUGACAUUAACAUUCAGCCCAGUUGACAACUCAGACAACGGAGACUACAGAUGCAUAGCCUUCAACGCUGUGAGCAACAGAACAAGCCAAGAGUACAUGCUCAAGGUUAACUAUGGACCUCAGAUGCCCGUCAUUUGGGGGCCGUCCAUCAUAGCGUCAGGAUCCAACCUAAUGCUUCGCUGCUCUGCUGCGUCUUGGCCGCCCAGUAACUUCACCUGGUACUUCAACACCACGAUGGUGGGAAAAGGCCCGAACUACACGCUGGACUCCACCAGCUCAGACAACAGUGGCAACUACACCUGCUCAGCUUAUAAUGACAUCACCAAUAUCACUAAGAUGGUCACCAAAGAAAUCAAGGUCAUUGGUAAGAGCUCCUAA